CUAAGGUUUAUUCAAUAAAAAUCAGAGAUUUCUCUCCACUCUGGAAACCUCAAAUAAAUUCCAGGGUAGAGAAUAUCUGAUCUCCCUUGAAUAAAAAUGGCUGCAAAAGCAGCGGUUGCGGGGCUCGCCGCCAUCCUCGUGGUGGCGAUGGUUGUUGCCGUGGCAGUUGGUGUUACAAGGAAAAAUGCCGAAGUUGAACCAAGUUCUGCCAGCAAUGGCGGUGGCUCCAUCAGCGCCGGCAGUACCAAGGCCGUGCAAUCGAUUUGCGCCCCUACUGACUAUAAGGAAACUUGUGAAAGCAGCCUUUCCCACGCCAACACCACCAACCCCAAGGAGCUGAUCCAGGCGGCAUUUGAUUUUACCGUGAAAAAUAUAGGCGACAUCGUCAAGAACUCGCCUCUGUUCAAAGAAGCAGCCAAUGAUGAUGACACCAAACAGGCGUUGCAGAUCUGCCAAGAAGUGCUUGACGUUGCCAUUGACGAUCUCACCAGGUCGUUCGACAAGGUGGGGGAACUUGAUGCUGCAAAGGCCACAGAGUACGUUGAGGACCUUAAGACAUGGCUUAGUGCUGUAGUCACUAACCAGGAGACCUGCAUGGAUGCCUUUGAGAACACUACAGGCGACACUGGGGAAAAGAUGAAGAACUUGCUGAAAACCGCCAGGGAGAUGUCGAGCAACGGUCUCGCCAUGGUAAACGAAAUGUCAUCGUUGGUUUCAUCGUUGCAAUUAGGGAACGCUGCUAGCCGAAAGCUUCUCCUGUCAGAGAAAAUUGGAUACGGUGGCGACCCCACAGAUUAUGCUCCGGGUGAAGAACCCCAAUUCUCCUUGGACAGCAAUAAAAGACGUCUCCUUUCUGCAACAUCGUUGAAACCGAAUGCCGGGGUGGCCCAAGAUGUUGUCUUGUCAGAAAAAAUUGGCUACGGCGGUGACCCCACCGAUUAUGCUCCGGGUGAAGAACCCCAUUUCAACUUGGACAGCAAUAGAAGACAUCUUCUUUCAGCAACAUCCUUGAAGCCAAAUGCCGUGGUGGCCCAAGAUGGAAGCGGGCAGUUCAACACGAUUAGCGCUGCCAUUGCAUCUGUGCCUCCAAAGAAUAACCAAAUCUUCGUGAUUCAUGUGAAGGCUGGUGUGUACAAGGAGUAUGUCCAAAUUCCCAAGAAGAUGAACAAAAUUGUAUUGAUUGGAGACGGGCCGUUGAAGACCAGAAUUAGUGGCAGAAAGAACUUCGCUGAGGGUGUUAAGACCUACCACACGGCCACCGUCGCUGUCAACGCCGACGACUUCUUAGCAAAGGACAUCGGAUUUGAAAACACAGCUGGUGCUCUGGGGCACCAAGCCGUGGCCCUGCGCGUCUCUGGUGACCGCGCCGUCUUCUACAAUGUCCACAUCGACGGCUACCAAGACACUCUCUACGCCCACACCUACCGCCAGUACUACCGUGAUUGCAGCAUCUCCGGCACCAUCGACUUCAUCUUCGGCGAUGCCCUAGCUCUCUUCCAGAACUGCAAAUUCGUCGUCCGGAAGCCAGGGCCCAACCAGGCCUGUAUGAUUACCGCCCAGGGCCGCGUCGAGCGCCACAGUCUGGGUGUUACCGUCAUCCAGAAUGGCGACAUCGUGGCUGAGCCGGCAUUACUCCAAGCUUCACCACCCCACAAGGUUUACCUUGGUCGCCCUUGGAAGCUACUCUCCAGGACCAUUAUCAUGCAAUCCAACAUCGGCGGGUUCAUUGCACCAGAGGGCUGGGCGCCAUGGGCAGGAACUUUUGCUCUAGACACACUAUACUACGCGGAGUACCAAAAUCGCGGCCCCGGAUCGGAUCUAAAGGCCCGGGUCACAUGGAAGGGGAUCCAGAAAUUGUCUCCGCAAAUGGCUGAGAGCUGGACCGGAGGAAAACUCUUUGGAGGUGAUGAAUGGAUCAGGGGCUCUGGGGUUCCAUAUGUACCUACCAUGAUGCAAGUUUAAAUAAUAUUCCUAAUAAAUAAGAACAUAUAUUCUUUUAUCUUAGUUA